CCAGCGGUGCCGCGCCGGGCGCCCCGCGUUCGGGCCAGUUCCGACCGGUCGGCGUUGGGGUGAGGGCUGAUCGCGCUGUCGUACGCGCCUCGUCGGCUGUGUGUAACAGCUGUUGCGUAGUACACGGUACGGGUCGCGUGCGUCGAUUGGGGGACUGCGUCGGCGCGCGUCGGUGGUUCGGGGGAGUGCGUGGAGUCGGGACGCGUCGGUGGCAGGCUGUGCGGCGGUGAGCGACAGUCAACGCUAGCGCGGUGUCGCUGCUCGCCUGCUGACGUGAGGAGAGCUGCAACGACCGGUUGGACGAGGCCAGCGCUGGGUUCGGAGAGGACCAGCAUGGACAACAUGGUGACGCGCUGGCUGGAGAAGCUGAGGGAGAACCCGCCGCCCUGGCAGGGGGUGGUCGUCUGCGUGUGCGGCUUCGUCCUGGAGCUGACUCUCGGGGCUAUCUUCACAUUUGGCAACUUGACCACCUACAUGACGUCCUACAUGAGGGACCGCCUGGAUCCCACCAUCAACUACGCCCAGCUGAUGUGGGUCUCGGCGAGCCUGUCUUUCUUCGAGGGUCUGACCCUCUCCCUGGGUAGCUGGCUGACCAACAGGAUCGGCGCCCGAUGGACAGCCUUCAUCGGGUGCUCACUGGUCACGUCGGGGGUGUCGUUGUGCUACUUCGCCGUGCAGCACUCUGUCUGGUUGGUGGCUCUGCUGUUCGGCGUCAUCAAUGGACUCGGAGUCGGCAUCGCCUACGUGGUGCCUCUCGUCUGCGGCAUGUCGUGGUUUCCGAAUUCAAAAGGAACAUCUAACGGCUUCAUUGUCGGAGGGUUUGGCCUCGGAGCUCUCGUAUUCAACAGCAUGCAAACGGCGUUUCUGAAUCCCAACAACAUCUCCCCAGCGGAAGACGGCUACUUCAAGGACCAGCAGCUGCUGUCCCAGGUGCCGUACGUCUUUCUCCUUACCGGCGGCGUCUACAUCGUCCUGCAGGCUCUGGCCAUUGCCGGCAUGAUCAAGAAGCCGGUGCCGCUCAAAGAGAGCGAUGACUGCCAGGAGCUCGGCGUGGAACUGCAGGCGACCGCCGACGGGAUGAAGCCCGAGGACCCGUCCUCCGACCCCGGCGCGGCCGACCAGGAGCCAGAGGAGGGUAGCGCGGCCGACUACAGCAGCAGCAUGACCAUCAUGCAGGCCGUGAAGACGCCGACCUUCUGGCAGCUGUUCGUCACCUAUCUCUGCAACAAUCUCUGCAUCGGCUUCAUCAACCCGCUCUGGAAGACGUUUGGACAGCAGUUUAUUCAGGACGACCGUUUCCUGUCCGCCGUGGGCUCGGCAGCUUCUGUGUUUAACCUGUUGGGACGCGUCAUCUGGGGCUUCGUCAACGACAGGACCAACUACCGGGUGGCGAUGCUGGGAGUGGCCGGUCUUCUCCUGACCAUGUUCGCUACUCUGUACCUGACCAUCCACGGCGGGAAGGCCAUGUUCCUCAUCUGGGUGUGCCUCGUCUACAUGUCUUUCCCGGGCACCUUCUCCAUCAUGCCGGCUGAGGUGGCCCACGUCUUCGGUCUGCAGCACGCCGGCGAGAUAUACGGCCUGAUCUGGCUCAGCGGCGGCCUGGUGGCGCCCAUCCCCGUGUUUCUCACCGACCUGCUGCUGCAGAGGUUCGGCUACCUGGCGCUCUUCCUCACAUCGGCCGUCUUUCCGACACUCAGCGUGAUCUGCACACUGACCUUCCGUGGAGAGUCAACGAGGCGUCAGCGACUGCAACCCAAGGCGAUCAAAAACGGAAACUCGAUAUAAACUUUCUAAGUACGAGUACUUUUUUUGUUUAUUUGCAUUUAGCUUAAAAGUCUGAAUGAAUUGUAGUACCUAAUCAAGUUUCCACUAAGGAAAACCUGUUUUGAUUAUUCGCUAUUUAGUAGUAGGUACCCUAGUUGUUUAAUUGGUGGUUUAUACCUGAGCGAGCUACUCGGGCUCUUCAAUCUGGCUUUCUGCUUCAGGCGUAUGUUAAUGGUCCGUUUGUUUCCUAUGCCGCCAUGUUUGGUGACAAUGGUUGCGAAGUGCCUUGAUGUAUUCUCCCGGUUCUCUUUUUCAUGUAUCUCGCUCGUUUCUGUGCCUGGUGCCUUAGUUUCAUCUUCUUGUCAUUCAACAUUAUUGGGUGCUCUAGCAAGAAAUAUAUGGAAGACAAUUAAACAAACAAAUGUAGUUGACUUGUUCCUCGACAUGGAAAAUGCUCCAACCGAAUACCUAUAUGUUAAAAAGAAAAGGGUGAGCUUUCGGCCACUGGCCAAUUUAUCAAACCAACGUGAUAAUUAGCAACAUCGUUAACUAUCACGUUGGCUUGAUCAAGGCCAGUGGUCGAAAGCUCACCGUUUUUACUAUUCGGUUUGCCUUGUAGGUACCUUUUUGAUGUCGGGAAAAAUGUCAACUUCAUUUAUUUGUUUAAUUAUCUCCUUGUCAUUUAUUGGCCAGUUAUGUUAGACACAAAGCGUGUCUGCACUCAAUCGACUUAGCGGGUCCAUUCACAUGUAAGUGAUUUGUGCGUUUUCGCUUAUCGAAACUACGGUCAUGUACAAAUAUCAAGAGAGCGAUCAUGCAUUGAUGAGAUUCGGAACAGAGGCGGUCAUACGCCAAUGAAGUGAGCUGGGACAUGGCUUAGGUGAACAGUGAUGAUGCUUAAUUGUUUUUGGGGCUGCCUUAAUCAUGUAAUGGAAGUAUGACUGACUGUAAAAGAGUGUUUGAUAAUGUCAUAGUGUGGUUCAGCGUCAGAGAUUUGCUAUACGAAAUGUUUCACUGAAAAAGUCUUUGGUAGACGUUUGCGUAGCAAUGCUCUUAGCAUUGACACUUGAUACUAUGAACGGUAGUCCUUUGUGCUGCUUCGGGCUUCCUGCGAAUACGCGUAUGUAAUCCUUGUCGAAGGCGUAUUUUCUUCUCCGAGACCCGCUGACGCUGACCAUGUACAUGUGAAUGAUGUGUUGGCAUUAUAUAAGAUGUCGGGGUUCCGGGCACAAUACACUGUGUGCAGCU